UUGAAUUAUAAUUUAGAUAAGAAGAAGAGAGGAAAUCUAAUGGCAUCGACGUUCAGCGGCGAUGAAACUGCUCCGUUUUUCGGCUUCCUCGGCGCCGCUGCUGCCCUCGUUUUCUCCUGUAUGGGUGCUGCCUAUGGAACUGCAAAGAGCGGUGUGAGCGUGGCAUCAAUGGGUGUAAUGAGACCAGAGCUUGUGAUGAAGUCGAUUGUGCCCGUUGUUAUGGCUGGUGUGUUGGGUAUUUAUGGUCUGAUUAUUGCUGUGAUCAUUAGUACAGGUAUUAACCCGAAGGCCAAGUCGUAUUACCUCUUUGAUGGAUAUGCGCACCUCUCAUCUGGUCUAGCUUGCGGCCUAGCGGGGCUUUCAGCCGGAAUGGCUAUUGGUAUUGUUGGAGAUGCUGGUGUUAGAGCUAAUGCACAACAGCCUAAGCUUUUUGUUGGAAUGAUUCUCAUUCUCAUCUUCGCGGAGGCAUUGGCGUUGUAUGGCCUUAUUGUUGGCAUUAUCCUCUCUUCUCGUGCUGGCCAAUCAAGAGCAGAUUAGAGAAUGGUGUCCUCGCUCUUCUUACAGUUCGUUUGCAUCACCUUAUUAUCAGGUUAGUGAGGCUAGUUUGGAAGUUGCAAUCUCUUAUUAUUGUGAUGCAUGCAAUUUCUUCUUCACAUCAUUAAGUAAUUCUGUGCUUGAUUGUAAUAUUGGUGACAAUUUCCUCUGGGAAAUAAGGCUUUGUGAAGCUUGUUUCUUACGUUUGCAUCUUUGUAUUUUACAUAAGUUCCAAGGAGCAUACUAUUCGUCUUGUGAUACUAGUUCGUGUACAUGUAGGAGUGUUAUUUUAAGUACAGCUUUUUCUCAA